ACUCCACUCAUACCACAUCGUGAACGCAGUGAAAUCCUCCCGUCACGUUCCGUUCGACAUUUAAAACACUGCAUUUCUGAAAUAAAUUUGAAAUGGCGGAGUCGAAGUCAAAACUCCCCUUCGCUGCUGAGUAUGCCAAGAGUAACAGAUCUAAAUGCAAAGACUGCGGGGAAAUGAUAUGCAAAGAUGAUCUCCGACUGGCUUUAAUGGUGCAGUCGCCAUUUUUCGAUGGCAUGCAGCCCAACUGGUAUCACUUUGACUGUUUCUGGAAGGUGGUGAAAAGUGCGGUGAAAUCUACUGGUGAUAUAGCCCACUUUGACGCCCUGCGCUGGGAUGAUCAAGAAAAGAUCAGGGGUUGUAUUAGUACCGGCGGGACCACAAAGGACAAAUUUACCUCAGUGGGUACUCUGGAAGACUUCACCGUGGAGUACGCCAGGUCCAACAGAAGCAGUUGUCAUGGAUUAAAAUGUCAUAGCAAAAUUGACAAGGAUGAGGUACGCGUCGGUGUUGGCUACACUAGUGAGACGCCUGGAGGUGACGCCUAUAGUGGGACUCGGUGGUACCAUCUCAACUGCUUUCUCGUGCCAGAAAACUUUGCUGAGGUUGAGUGGAAGGACGCCUAUGCUGUGGAAAUGAUCACUGGAUUCAAGCAGCUGAAGCCGAAAGAUCGGAAAACUUUGACAGAGAAGUUCCCAGCAAAGCGAAAGGCUAAACAAUCAGUUGAUGAACCUGAUGCUAAAAAAACCAAAGUGGUGGACGAGGAAAAAGAAAAACUCAAGGCACAGAGUAAUUUUAUCUGGAAAAUCAGGGAUGAACUGCGAAAGAAUGUUUCCCAAUCUUUCCUCAAGGAGCUACUGGCAGCCAAUGAUCAGGCUAUACCAACCGGUGAAAGUAAGAUUCUUGACAGAGCUGCUGACUGUAUGACCUUUGGCCCGUUAAAGCCAUGCACAGAAUGCAGCAACGGUCAGUUUGCCUUGGCCAACGGCGGCUACCAUUGCCAAGGUAACAUGUCCGCCUGGACCAAGUGUACCGUCUACACACAGGAUGUGCAGAGGAAAAAACUGGUCAUUCCUGAGGACUUGGCAGAGAGUGACGAAUAUCUUGCAUCAUUCAAGUUUAAAGCUUACAAUGGAGGCAAACGGAUCUUCCCUAAAGAAGAAGGUGUAGCAGGGCCUUCAGGAACUGCAAAGCAAAAGGACAAACCGUUGCUCAAUCUGGAGAUAGCCAUGGCGGGAAAAGUUGGUAAAUCGGUCGCUGCCGUGAAGAAGAUCAUUAGCAAACUUGGAGGGAAAUACUCGGAUAAAGUCUACGUCUCCACAGCCUGUGUGAUCAGCAAAAAAGAUGAGGUCGAUAAAAUGUCCAAGAACAUCCAGGAGGCCAAGAAGUGUGGAGUGCACGUCGUUCCCUUGGACUUCCUCACUGAAGUAGAGAAAGGUGGCGACGUCUUGGAGUUGAUUCCUAACCUCAACAUUGCCACAUGGGGCACAGACGUCAAAAGCAGGACAGGAAUUAAACAGCUAGAGUCUCUUGAGGAUAUGGGCGUCAGGAUGGGAAGUUAUAAUCAAUACCGCAAGAAAAGUGCCAAGAGCACUGUUAGCUCCAUGGGUGUCCAGAAGGUGCAGUUGAAGGGCGGUGCGGCUGUCGACCCAGAAUCAGGUCAGUUGCAUUUUAAAACUGUUCACAUCAUGUCACAACACUUGUUUUAAUUUUUGAAAGUUGGU